CGUUUAUUGGAAGAGGAUCAUCGUUUUUUUCCUCCAAUACAUUCAAUACAUUCGAUAAAAUGUCCAGUUCUCAACUCGGAAACUCUUAAAGAGCUUCAUCACGCAGGUAAAUUUCUGAACUUCACUUUUGUAGUUACUGCUAGCAGGAAGAAACUUAAGUCUCCCUCCAUAGAUUACUGGGAACGCGAACCAGGCUCGUGGGGAAGCGUGAGUGACUGGGAUAUCUACUAUAUUAAUAAUGUACCUGGAGUUUCCAAAGCGCAAGCGCAUAGUUCUCUUGGACUUGAACUGGACAUUAUUCUUAAAGCACUUCCGCUAAAAAGCCGGGCUUAUUAUAAGGCAGAGGAUUUGAAUAAAUCUUUAAAGAACUCCAAAAAAGACCAGGUUAACCAAGAGUUAUGGCAACAAUACUCCACAAAAAAAGGGAAGCUAGCUGUUGAGAAUAGAAUUCAUCGAUUUGAGAUUUUGACUACCGGAAUACGUGCAGCGACCGGAGCAGUAAGGGCCGAAUUUCCACCUUUGAAGCGGAAGCUUAAUAAGCCUCAUUCUCCAGAUAUUAAUGAUGGUGAUGAAAAAUUGACAAAAAAAGUAAGAGCGGAAGACGAAGAUCAGGAAACAAUCGAUUAUGGGAGAAUUUAUCGGAUAUCUUCUGCCGAAGAUGAAUUAGCCAGGGGAAUUGAAAAGAAAGAUACCGCGAAAUUAAUAGACAUUUUACGAAAACAAGACAACUUAUUCUUGAACGAAAAACAUUUCAACAUUUUACAAAAUCAAGAAAUUGUCGGUCGUGACUUCAUAAAAAUGGAUAAACAAGACUUCAAGGAGUGUGGGUUAGAGACAGGACCGUCGAUGAGACUUGCGGAGUUUGCUAGGAUGCUUAACAAUAAGAAUGAAAAUUUGUGUAAAACAUCUACAGUAGAAACCUCUUCAGCCAUUACCGAGUUUGAUCUAAAUAAGUUUCGAAAAGAAUUCAUUGAAGACCUUAGUGGGAUCCUUGGUGAUGAACUCCAAAAUAUCAAGAGGGACAUGGAAAAAAUUAAGUGUCAGAAAAAAUGGUAA